AUGAGCUUCAACCCAAUGCUAUUGUAAACAGGGCAUCCAACGACAUUAUGGACUUGAAUUAAAGCUAUUCGAUUGCUGUUUUUUCUUACAGCACUUAAAACGUAACUGUUGAUUUGACAUUUUUGAAAUGGCAUUAACGUGGGAUACUGCCCCUAAGAAUGGCAGCACAGUAUUUUUCUCGCGAGACAUGUAUGAAAAGUACUCGCUGGCUCCAUCUCUUAAAGAUCUUUGGCUGAUGGCACACAGCCCAACGAUAAAAUCUGAAGAAACACCAGCUCAACUGACUGAAGAGAAUACAAAUUUGAAACCUGAAUGUCCUACAUCACGGAAGCAAGAUGAGAAAUCCACUGCAGACCCAAUCCCGGAGCCUAGAGUACCAUUCCCCUGCCUCUCCAGGCUGACUGAGAGGGAGCAGAAAACGUAUCUGCGUCUGAUGACUAUAAACUGCAAAUACAAAAAGCAGUACGAGUUGAGAGACCAUCAGGAUUUACAAACAGCUGUGAAUGAAGAAGUUGUUGAGUUCCAAAAAUUUCUGCAAAAUGCUGCAAAAUUCUGUGCAAGUGAUUACGAAAUCAUUUCUGGAGACGCAGCCCGCUACACUGAGGAGUACCUGAGAGCUUGCAUUAAGAAGGUGAAGAUUUACCCUGCAGUUUACCUAAUGCAUGAAAUGACAUGCAUAACAGGAGGCAAGUUUAACCCAGAGCUGACCUUGAAGCUUGAGAAACCCUUACUCACACUGGGGGAGGUUAGAAUGACCAAGGCAAAGUUUUCGGAGGGGCAGGUACAGUUGAUUACAGACUAUAGCGUUGUUGCGUCUCUUGCCCCACCAGAAAAGGCAGCAUGUAAUGUACAUGCAGACAUCAGUUGUGACUCAAAUGCAGAAAAGCUUUCACUGAAGUACAAUCCUCAAGUAUCUAUCACCAGUGAAGCAUUGUUUACCCUUCUGAACAACCAUGGACCAGACUACAAAGAUUCAUGGGAGAUUCCAGUUUGCAUUAAAACAGUCCCUGGAGAAGGUACCGGCAUAAAGAAGCUAGCCUUUAUUGACUCUCCUCUUCCAAAGAAAGAAAUGACAACGCGGGAGAAGAAUCAUAUUUUUCACAAGGAAACCUUUAACCUUCUAAUGAAUAAAAUUUCCUUUAUGCCUGUCUCUGGCUUGGUGCUAGACAAACAAGCUGAAGAGAAUGUGCCCCCCUGGAAGGAAAGCGGCCCAAGAGCAACUAUAUCCUUUGAUAAUGUGGAUGUUGACUUUGAGACUGACUUCACAGAUCUGGAGACUUUUGGAACAUCAUCAUCAUCAUCGUUAUGUAAGAAGCCAAAAUCUCAAAGCAAUCAAAUCAAAGCAGCUUUAUCUACGGAAUUCAAAAGACCCCAGUCUUUACCUUCUCAACCUGGUAGCACAUCUGAAGUGACUUCAAAUGAUGCCAUUACAGAAGCUCACAAGGUAACAGGCAAGGACUUCAACCAAAAGAAGUUAGUCUCUGGAGAUGUCUCUGGGACUGAUUCAGAAGAUGGUUCACAAUUGGAAGACUCUUCAGUGAAUGAAGUGGAAGAAGAGAAUGCAAUUAAGACUGCCAGCGAUGAAAAUGUAAGUGACACUUGCCCAGAAAUGGCAUCUACAUGCUCAGGGUUAAUGUCUGCAAGUCAAGAAAAUCAAGAACCUGAGGGAAGCCUUUUUUCCAUCGAUUCCGAUGAAGAACGAUUGGUAAUUGAUGAUGGCAGUAGUUCAGUAAAAAAUGACAAAACCCUGUCUAAAUCCCCCUCCAAGAUGGAGACAUCAGUUUCAGAUCAAAUACCAGAUACACCCAGGUCUCCUUCCCCUGAACCAAAUCAUCAGAGCAGUCAGGAUAUUACCUCCCCAAACACAAGGGGGAGAAAAAGAGGAGCCAAAAGACCUAUAGUUAAAAAGUUAAAAACAUGUGACCAGCUUGGGGAGAUCCUUAAAAUGCAGUGCAAACUGUUGAAGCCAAGCACCAGAACAUCACAUGAACCAGCCUCCCCAAAAGCCACACCUGGUAAUCUGUCAGCAACGACCCGUCAGUGCCAUCCUGAGCCCAUUGUGAAGCCCAACAGUCAAGGGGUUGCAGCUGACCCAUCUGCCGGAAGCUUUCAGUCUGUGUGGCAACAGAAAGUGUUGCUUCCUGACGACCUUCUGCUCAGUGAAGAUAAAGAAGGGGACUAUGAAACCCCACAAGAGGGGAACCUUGUGUAUAAACUCUUCAGCCUUGCAGAUGUGCUGCUGAUGGUCCGGAGCAGUGUGCAUAAAGCGCUGAACAGAUACAGAAGGAACUCAACUAGAAAGCUUACCCCAGUUUGUGUAUUACCGAAGGUGGAGUAUCAGGUCUGCUAUGGAGUGGAAGCUCUCACUAAAAGUGAGAUUUGCCACAUGUGGACUCAAAGGCUUUUACAUUCAAACACCACAUUCUUUGUAGGUCACAUUGAUGCUUUUACAUCAAAGCUAUUUAUGAUGGAAGAGUUCACACCAGACCGAAUAGCUGAUAAAUUUGGUGACUUCAAACCAGUAAAUUCACUUAAUAUACUUCACCACCUGUUAAAAAAGGUCAUUGGUUUACAGGAAGGAAAGUACCUGCUGAGCCACAAAGCUGGAGAUCCUUUGGUUACCAUCUUUAAAGAUUGUGAUGGGAAAACUGCCAGUCGAGCAACCUACAACCUGCAUAGAGCUCACAGUAGCUUGCCUGAAGCACUGUCGCCUCUCUCAGUCCCAUGGGUACCCCUGGAUCCUUCCCUGCUGCUGCCUUAUCACCUGAAACAUGGGAUAGUCCCGUGCACCUUCCCUCCCAGAGGCACAGGCAACAUGCAAGGACAAGAGGCAGGUGUGGCAAGAGGCAACAUGCACACUUCCUGUGACGGCAAGGCAGUUGCCAUGGAAACAAAGAGUAGUCAGUUGCCAGCUCAACUUGGUGGGAACAAAGGUGGGGCUGGGAAGAAGAAAAGGAACAAGGGAAAGAAAAUUCAACAACGUCUAAAGUGGAAGGAGAGAUGCCGGCAAAAGAGGCAGCAGAACAACUAGAGCAAAUCCCUGUUGUUCUGCAAAAACUAAACCUGAAGCUGAUUUAUUUGUGUACAUUUAUUUUUCCAACAGGUCCCCUUGGGUAACAUAUGUAUAAUUUCCCUUUGUUUAAAUGUAUGUAGACACUUAUUUAGUACUGUUUGUUGCUGGAUAAUGCUUAUGUUCUUUUGCCUUAACAAGAAGUACUAUCAGUAUGAUUUCAUUUGUAAACAAUAAAUAAUUGUAUCACUGGUACAGAAUGAUUUAAAAAUAAAACUGCCAGUAAUUAUAAAUGCAAAAUAAACCUAUGAUUUAAAUUUAAAAAAUUAAAAAAAAAAACUUGACUCUAACUGUCUAUUAAAGGACCUCACUCUUUCUAGCACAGUUAAAGGAACACCAUUUGCAGCAACAUUCCUGGUAAACCCUGUACCAGUCUACUGUGUGAGCAGUCUGAGCAUUAACAGUUUCAGUACAAAUUAUCUUUUUUGUUAAGGGUAAGUCUUAAUCGGGAAAAGGCACUCAGCACUGCAUUUUAAGGACAACAGAUUUAAGAGCAUACACUGAAUUUUAUGCAAGUUACAGUACUUACACUUUUUUCUGAGUAUCUUAUGUGCUGAAGAUUAUUUGUAACUGGCCUGAGAGGAAUUCCUCUCUUCAG